AUGGCGUUGAAGCUCCUGUGCCUCGCUGUCAUCUCCGCGACGGCCAGUGCGGAAGAUGCGCCGAAGGUGAAAGUCGAAUUCUUUGCGGAAGCUGGCUGUCCAUUUUGCCGACAAGCCAUUGCCGGACCGGUCAACAAGACCUUGUCGACACCCAGCGUUGCGGCCAUCAUGGACUUCGAGUUCUAUCCCUUCGGAAAUGCAUAUUUCGUCACAAGCGAAUGCAAGGGAGCAGGAGAGUAUGACAUGACGGCGCGUAAGUGCUUCAACAAGAACUGUGGUGCUGGAGCGUCCCAGCCUGCGAAGGAUUGCUUCACCGGUGCACUUGUUUGCCAGCAUGGCAGCCAAGAGUGCGACGCAAACCGGUACAUGGCCUGUGCGAAGCAAGUCGCUGGCGAGCACGUGCUGCAGUUUAUGUCCUUCGCCCACUGCGUCGAGGCAAAGUAUGACACGUUCUCCAAGGAGACGGUUUCAGCCUGUGCAGAUGCCAACCAGAUUGACAAAGCCGCGGUUUCCCAUUGCUUUUCCGGCUCGGAGGGUGAUUCCGCCGUCAUCGCACAGGCGAAAGCGACGCCAGAGCACCCAGGCGUGCCCUAUCUCGUGGUGAACGGACAGCCUGUCGACCAGCCCGACAAUUUGUUGCGGACGGUUUGCGAGGCAUACAAGGGCACACGACCUGAUGCCUGCAAGAUGGCCGCACAAGAUGUGCCACAUCCCAUCGUUCUGCAAGCGUAG